UGGGAAGUGGGAGGGAAAAGUGUGGGAUCAGGAACUACAUAAACUCUCCCCUGGCAGAUGGAUCUUACACCAUCCCCGAGCAGCAAACCCCCGGCCAAGCGCUGUCAGGCGAUUGUUUCCCGUUUGAGUUGAAGAAAGCGAAGUGAGGUGACGAUGUGUGACGAAGAGGAGACCACAGCUCUGGUGUGUGACAAUGGGUCAGGUCUCUGUAAGGCAGGCUUCGCCGGGGACGACGCCCCCAGAGCCGUGUUCCCCUCCAUUGUGGGCCGUCCCAGACACCAGGGUGUGAUGGUAGGAAUGGGACAGAAGGACAGUUAUGUAGGUGAUGAAGCUCAGAGCAAGAGAGGUAUACUGACCCUGAAAUAUCCCAUCGAACACGGGAUCAUCACUAACUGGGACGACAUGGAAAAAAUCUGGCACCACUCAUUCUACAAUGAACUCCGCGUUGCCCCAGAAGAGCACCCCACCCUGCUGACUGAGGCGCCCCUGAACCCCAAGGCCAACCGAGAGAAGAUGACCCAGAUCAUGUUUGAGACCUUCAAUGUCCCAGCCAUGUAUGUUGCCAUCCAGGCUGUGCUGUCCCUUUAUGCUUCAGGCCGUACCACAGGUAUUGUCCUUGACUCUGGUGAUGGUGUCACCCACAAUGUACCCAUUUAUGAAGGCUACGCUCUGCCCCACGCCAUCAUGCGCCUGGACCUGGCUGGCCGUGAUCUCACUGACUACCUCAUGAAGAUCCUGACCGAGCGCGGCUACUCUUUUGUGACUACUGCUGAGCGAGAAAUCGUGCGCGACAUCAAGGAGAAGCUGUGCUACGUGGCGCUGGACUUCGAGAACGAGAUGGCCACCGCCGCUUCCUCCUCCUCCCUGGAGAAGAGCUACGAGCUCCCUGAUGGCCAGGUCAUCACCAUUGGCAACGAGAGGUUCCGCUGCCCCGAGACCCUCUUCCAGCCUUCAUUCAUCGGUAUGGAAUCUGCCGGUAUUCAUGAAACUACCUACAACAGCAUCAUGAAGUGUGACAUUGACAUCCGCAAGGAUCUGUACGCCAACAAUGUGCUGUCUGGAGGCACCACCAUGUACCCUGGUAUUGCUGACAGGAUGCAGAAGGAAAUCACAGCACUGGCGCCCAGUACAAUGAAAAUCAAGAUCAUUGCCCCGCCUGAGCGCAAGUACUCAGUCUGGAUUGGUGGCUCAAUUCUGGCUUCCCUCUCCACCUUCCAGCAAAUGUGGAUCAGCAAGCAGGAGUACGACGAGGCUGGUCCUUCCAUUGUCCACCGCAAAUGUUUCUAAACUUCUUGUGCUUUUUUUUUACAGUCUCUAUAUUCUACCUGUGAACUGUGAAUGUACUUUCUUCCCCUUUCAUUCCAGCAACUUGUCUUUGCACUGCUACUACUGAGUGAAUGUUUAAAAGAUUUUUUUGGUCUUUUGAAUGAAUAAAGCUUGAAUGUGCUGGCAAUAUUAAAACAGUUCUAGCGUUUUUGUAACGCGGACGAAAUGCCUAAUAAAGAAUUUAAGAACCUCACGCUUCUACUCCAGCAGAAACAAAAAACAAACAGCUGAUGAUCUGUCUCCCUCUUGUGUACAAACACUGUAUUGCAAACUAGCGCCUACCUACUGUGACAAAUAAAAAUGGCUCAUGUGCUUCA